ACGUAAAACUCGUUUUCUUUCUUUCAUAUCUCAAUUAAGGGGAUAUUUCACUCAAUGAUUUAGAGAUUCCUCUUCAAAAUUGUAGCUAAUCGUAUCCACUCACUCAUAUACACAUACAUAGAUUAAUACUACUACAACUUGUGUAUGUAAAGAUCAAGCAGAGAAACAAUGGCAAAUUUUCUACUCAAUCUUCCAAACAAUUUCAGAGCAGUUUCCGUUUCUGCCUCUACUUCCUCUAAUGGAUCACCUCCUACUGUGCCUCAACAGGGAGGGCCAGUGAUUCUUGAACUUCCUCUGGAUAAAAUCCGGAGACCUCUCAUGCGUACGAGAUCCAACGACCCUCAAAAGGUGAAGGAACUCAUGGAUAGCAUUAGUGAAAUCGGGCUUCAAGUACCUAUAGACGUGCUUCAGGUAGAUGGUGAAUAUUAUGGUUUUUCCGGCUGCCAUCGGUAUGAAGCUCACCAGCGGCUAGGGCUGCCGACCAUACGUUGCAAAGUUCGACGUGGGACAAAGGAAACACUAAGGCAUCACCUUCGCUGACGGCACAAAUUCGGUAGUAAUGUUAAGUGUUACCUCUGUUAUGGUGGGAUGUAAACUAUAACUAGAUCUCAUCUUAUGUUGUAGUAGUAGAAUACAUACUCUAUAUAUGUAUAUGAAUUUUAUAUAGUUCUCUUUCUCAA